AGGCUUAACUGCGCUACCAUAAACCCUGAUUAAGAAGGUCAUGAAGCUUUAGCCGUUAGCAUUCAGCUAGCACACCAUCGGCUGUCUACGUCUCCGCGAGCAGGUUCAUUCAUCCGCCAAAAAUGGAGUGGGCAAGUCAGCUUUGUGAGAACCGCGGCUUGGGAUCCAAGAUGACAGACUCCAAAUACUUCACCACUACCAAGAAAGGGGAGAUCUUUGAGCUGAAGGCAGAGCUCAACAGUGAUAAGAAAGAGAAGAAGAAGGAGGCAGUGAAGAAGGUCAUUGCUUCUAUGACAGUGGGAAAAGAUGUCAGUGCUCUGUUUCCUGAUGUUGUGAACUGCAUGCAGACGGAUAAUCUGGAACUGAAGAAGCUGGUCUAUCUGUACUUGAUGAAUUAUGCCAAGAGCCAGCCGGACAUGGCCAUUAUGGCAGUCAACACCUUUGUGAAGGACUGUGAGGACCCCAACCCUCUGAUCCGUGCACUGGCUGUGCGCACCAUGGGCUGCAUCCGAGUGGACAAGAUCACAGAGUACCUGUGUGAACCUCUAAGAAAGUGUCUGAAAGAUGAAGACCCUUACGUAAGGAAGACUGCUGCAGUUUGUGUUGCCAAGCUGCAUGACAUUAACGCCCAGCUGGUGGAAGACCAGGGCUUCCUGGACACUCUGAAAGACCUGAUCUCCGACUCCAACCCCAUGGUGGUGGCAAAUGCAGUAGCGGCUCUGUCCGAGAUAGCGGAGUCUCAUCCUAACAGCAACCUGCUGGACCUGAACCCUCAGACGAUUAAUAAGCUCCUGACAGCCCUUAAUGAGUGCACCGAGUGGGGCCAGAUCUUCAUCCUCGACUGCCUAGCCAACUACAUGCCCCGUGAUGACCGCGAGUCACAGAGUAUCUGUGAGCGUGUAACUCCACGGCUGUCCCAUGCUAACUCUGCCGUGGUUCUGUCUGCCGUGAAGGUUCUUAUGAAGUUCAUGGAAAUGCUUCCUAAAGAUCUAGACUAUUACGGCACUCUUCUGAAGAAGCUUGCUCCUCCUCUGGUCACGCUGCUCUCAGCUGAACCUGAACUGCAGUAUGUUGCCUUGAGGAACAUUAACCUCAUCGUACAGAAGCGCCCUGAAAUUCUAAAACAUGAGAUGAAGGUUUUCUUUGUGAAAUAUAAUGACCCAAUCUAUGUCAAGCUGGAGAAGCUGGAUAUCAUGAUCCGCCUGGCGUCUCAGGCCAACAUUGCUCAGGUGUUGGCUGAGCUGAAGGAAUAUGCCACUGAAGUGGAUGUGGACUUUGUGCGUAAAGCUGUACGAGCCAUUGGUCGCUGUGCAAUUAAAGUAGAGCAAUCAGCAGAGCGUUGUGUCAGCACACUGCUCGACCUCAUUCAGACCAAGGUCAAUUAUGUGGUGCAGGAAGCCAUUGUGGUCAUCAAGGACAUCUUCCGCAAGUACCCCAACAAAUAUGAGAGUGUGAUUGCCACUCUGUGUGAGAACCUGGACUCUCUGGAUGAGCCUGAGGCACGGGCAGCCAUGAUCUGGAUUGUGGGAGAGUACGCAGAAAGGAUUGACAAUGCAGACGAGCUGCUGGAGAGCUUCCUGGAAGGCUUUCAUGAUGAGAGCACACAGGUGCAACUGCAGUUGCUGACAGCUAUUGUGAAGUUGUUCCUGAAGAAACCCACUGAGACCCAGGAGCUGGUGCAACAAGUGCUCAGUCUCGCCACACAGGAUUCUGAUAAUCCUGACCUCCGUGACCGCGGCUACAUCUACUGGCGUCUACUCUCCACUGACCCUGUGGCAGCAAAAGAGGUGGUGCUGGCCGAGAAGCCUCUGAUAUCAGAGGAGACGGACCUGAUUGAGCCCACCCUCCUGGAGGAGCUUAUCUGCCACAUUGGUACUCUGGCCUCAGUCUACCACAAACCUCCCAGUGCUUUCGUGGAGGGCAGCCGUGGCGUUCAGCACAAGAAACUUACUGCUCGUGCUGGCUCUGGGGAAAGUGCCGAGAGCCCUGAUGUUGGCCUGUCUGGACCUUCUGAAGCUCCACCUGCCGUCAUUCCAUCACAAGGAGAUCUCCUGGGUGACCUGCUGAACCUGGAUCUGGCUCCACCCACUGCCACUGUCCCUUCAGUGCAGCCCUCAAUGCAGAUGGGAGCCAUGGACCUGCUGGGGGGAGGUCUGGAUAGUCUGAUGGGCGAUGAAUCAGAUACGCUGGGAGGAGACAUCGGCGGAAGCCCUUCGAUGGGUGGUGGUUUGGGGGUGGCCCCAGCAGCCAUGCCUGCUGCUCUCGGCGGAGCCCCUGCUGUUGGAGGUGGAUUAGGAGACCUUUUUGACCUCAGUGGAGGUGUUGGCAUGCCAACAGGAUCCUACGUUGCUCCUAAAACUGUGUGGUUACCGGCAAUGAAAGCUAAAGGGCUGGAGAUUUCUGGGACAUUUGCCCGACGUGGUGGGAUCAUUCAGAUGGAUCUGUCUCUUACCAACAAAGCCAUGAGCGUUAUGACUGACUUCGCCAUUCAGUUCAACAGGAACAGUUUCGGUCUCGCCCCUGCUGGCCCUCUGCAGGUUCUGACUCCUCUGAGCCCCAAUCAGACCAUUGACGUCAGUCUCCCUCUCAGCACGAGCGGCCCUGUCAUGAAGAUGGAACCUCUCAACAAUCUGCAGGUAGCUGUGAAGAAUAACAUCGAUGUGUUCUACUUCAGCUGCCAAUAUCCCAUCAGCAUGAUCUUUGUAGAGGAUGGAAAGAUGGAACGUCAGGUGUUCCUGGCCACCUGGAAGGACAUUCCAAAUGACAACGAGGCACUGUUCCAAAUCAAAGACAUCCACCUCAACUCAGACGCGGCCAGCAACAAGCUGCAAGGCAGUAAUAUCUUCACCAUAGCCAAGAGAACAGUGGAGGGGCAGGACAUGCUGUACCUGUCUGUCAAACUCACCAACGGCAUUUGGGUGCUGGCAGAAAUGCGCAUACAGACCGGCAACCCCAACUACACGGAAAUGGAGUUGUCGAUAAAGUGCAGAGCGCCAGAGGUGUCUCCGUUUGUGUUCCAGUGCUAUGAGUUGGUGCUGAAGAACUGAAGUGGGGGAAACCAACAGGAAACCGCAGUUCCCAGGCAUCGUUUGGGUGACUGAAACUUGACCGGACCAGUCAGAGAAAGAACCCCUGCUGUCCUGCAUUUCCCUCAGACUGUGCUUUCAGCAUUGACUGAAUCCCAAGGAAUUUUUCUUCAUUAUUUUGUCCAUUCCAAACACCCUUCUUUAUCCCACCGGUUUCCAUCCUGCAGUCUUUAAAAUAAUACAGUAACUGUAAAAUACAACACACACACACAAUAUAAAGAUAUCAUCUUUAAUUCACAUAUGUGCGGGUGUUCUACUCAGCCAAUUUCAUUCCUGUACUACAUGAUUGCUUCACUGAUUAUCCUGGGUGAUUGUUUUUCCCCCUCUUGGAGGUCAAGCAUCACACACAGAUGAUCUUGGAGUUUUAGACCAGCCUGUAUUCAUCAUCCAUCCAGUUGUAGAAAGGGUGUGUUUACAUCAUUUGAGAGAAACCUUUCAAUACCGCUGUUUUUAAUUCAGUCUUAAUAAUCAGACAGUGGGUCGCUGGGUUUGUAUUCACACAAACCGUUCAAAUCUUGAUUUAUUUUUGGUUCUGUUUUAUUAAAGCUCUCUCUGGUCUUUCCUCAGUCAUUUAGGUGGAAUGCUGUGUGUUUAUCCAGAAGCACUACACAAUUGCUGAGUAAACUUUUUCUCUGUCUUCAAAAUAUCUCUGUAUUUGGUGAUGACUAAGUUUGCAGUCAUGUUUUGCUAUUAAGCUGGGUUUAUUUUUAGUUACUACUGUCUUUAGUGUGCCGUGUAUCAGUUGUGUGCGAGUUGGAGAUGUAACAUGCUGCAUGUUCGGUUCCUCCUCCCUUAUUCCCCCUAAUGACUAUGUACAUGUCCAUAUAUUUGGGUGGGUUGUUAAUUUAGUGUGUGUGUUGAUAAACCGUUGGAUCUGUGAGGGAGACUUGACUCCUAAAGAUCAUCCUGCAGAAAUUGAUAUUCUUUAUGCAAUGAAUAUCUCUUAAAUCACACUGAAUGCGAUGCACCUGAAGUCUCCUGCUUUGCAAAAUAACUUUACUGAACAUGUUUCUUCUCUCAUUCUUUACUGGACAGGGAAAUGUAGUUAAUCUUACAUGACCAUGAAAGGUUUAGUUCUUUUAAACGAUGUUGACAAGGUGGACAGACCUCUUUCAAGCUUAAUGUGAAAUACCACUGGGCAAAACACUGCUGACCUGGCACACACAAUGAUGUGUGUACACUUAGAAGUUCCUAAAAAAUAUUGAUUAUUGUUUUUCUUUUAAUCAUAGUUUGUUGAUUCUAUAUGCGUGGUAUAUUCUGUGGGUUUAGUCGUAGGGGUGACUACAAGGAGAAGUGCAGCAACUAAAUUAGCUUUACUUUUUGUUGGAUUCUGUCAUGAAUGCAUCUGUUAUAGAAAUUAAAAAAGUAUAUUACCCAUUGA